AUGAGGAGAGAUAUAAGUACUGAAUAAAAUUAGUAAACCGUUGAAAACAUCUCAUAGUUGGGAACUACGUAAUGUAAUAUUUAAUAUUUAGAUUUCGAUUUGAACAAGCUAAUUAAGUUUUAAGCUCUAUAUUGCUGUCCAAUUCUUUUUAUGUUAUAGCAGUCUUAUUAUUCAGCUUUCAAUUGAAUUUUGAUGGCAAUCUGCUAUCUGUUAUUUAUUGUAUCGAUUCAAAAUUGUUGUUGCAAUUGAUCCAUUAGUUGUAUUUUUAUCGAAUAUUUCUACAUUUCAACAUGUAUGAAAGUUUUUAUUAGUUAUUUAGAACAGAUAAACACGUUUUAAUAAGACUAAUAUAAACUUUAGUCGAAGGUUCUUAUUUACUUGUACUUAAUUUAUAUUAGAUAUCUGGGAGAAGAGAUUUGCUAUUGUUUUCAAACAUCCUUCCCUUAUUUAAUAUAUUUCUUUCCAUGAUUUUAAAAAUUAAUGAAGGAAAUUAGUACUUUAAAGAAUCAAUAUCAUAAAUCAAUAUGUAUCAUGUUUUUAGAAACAUCACUUUAUUGAUAAUAUCAAUAUUUCUAAGUUUAAAACUUGAAGGGUACUUUGAAAUACAUUGGUUAUACGCUUUGUGGAUGUUUUGGAUACUUUUUGGAGUUUCUACAAUAAUAGUGAUUUAUUGUAUUUUUUUGGUUUUGGGAUUAGGAAUACAAAUUAUAUUAGAAUAAAAUAGUAGGCUAAAAAAUUUAGGUUUGAUAUUUGUAUUUAUAAAUAGUUAUCGUUAAUUUCUGGAUAUUAUUUUUUAUGAUAUCGAAUGCAUCAAUGCUUCUUUUAAUUCCAAUUUCAAUACUGAAUUUUUAUAAUAUAGGAAAUUAUUAAAAUAUUAUUGACACCUCAAGAAUAAUUUUAAUAGUUAACUAAAUCAUGUUUUCUUAUUAUACAGUUAGAUUUAAACCUGAAAUAGUUGUAAGUUUAUAAACUUAUUUAUCUUUAAAUGAUUCAGUAAAUCCAUUAAAUACUCUACCAACAUUAUAAGGAGAAGAAUAAAUUUAACAAUUUAAAAAAUAAGACUUUAUAGAUAGUCAAGUAAUAGAGCCUCGAAUGCAAAUACCAAAAGUUGUAAAGAGAAUAUCUAAAACUUAUUUUGGAUUUGAUGACAUACUCUCAGAUAAAAAAUCAGAGACUUAACUUCCUUGUAAAAAACCCACUCAUCAUAAAGCCUUAUCUUCUUAAAUAUAAAGACCUCCAUAAAAUUAAUAUGAAAAUAUUAAAUUGACAUCAUUAAUCAAUAUUAAAAUAAAUGAAGGACAAUAGAGUAAUACACAAUUAGACAAUAUUUCGAAAGAAAUUGAAUAAGUAUUUUUAUAUUAUCUAUUGUUAAUUUAAUAGGUUAAUUUACCAAGAUCAGUAUCAUUAUCAUCUAUAAAUGCAUGUUGUAUUUGUUUUGACAAUGAACCAAAUGCUUUAUUUAUGUAAUGUGGUCAUGGAGGAGUCUGUUAUAAUUGUGCAAUUGAUUUGUGGAAAAAUAAAGCUGAAUGCUAUUUAUGUCGUAAUGUAAUUAAUAUUACUUAAUUUUAGAAAAUUGAUAGAGUCUUGAAAAUUUAAAUGAGUGAACAAUAAAAAAAUAUUUAUCAAGUUGUUGCUGCUACUGAAAUGAAUUAAAAACUAAAAUUUGAACAAAAAAACUUUACAUAAAACUAAUAAUAAUGA